AGGAAAUCACACUGCCUUGUUGUAGGCUAUCAGCUGUUGCUGCAAAGUUAAAGAGAUGGCUACCGAAGAUUAUUUUCGUCGGGAUUGCCAGAUAGUCCAUGGCAUUCCUAUAGUCUAUGCAUUCUCCUUUGACUGGGAUAGAAUUGAAAAUUUCCAGAGUCGGCCAGAUGAUAUUGUGAUAGCCACAUACCCCAAAUCUGGCACAACGUGGCUAAGUGAAAUUGUGGAUAUGAUUCUGAAUAACGGUGAUCCUGAUAAAUGCAAAAGAGAUGCUAUUUUCAAUAAAGUGCCUAUGUUAGAAUGUGUUGUCCCAGGGAAGAUGCCACCAGGCACAGAACAGUUAACUCAUAUGCCCUCUCCUCGCAUGGUGAAGACCCAUCUCCCAGUAAACCUACUUCCCAAGUCUUUUUGGGACAAAGGCUGCAAGAUGAUCUAUAUGGCUCGUAAUGCAAAGGAUGUUGCGGUCUCCUUUUAUCACUUUGACUUGAUGAAUAAGCUACAUCCAGAUCCUGGCUCUUGGGAUGACUACUUGGAGAAAUUCAUGAUAGGAAGAACAAUGAUCUUUGGCUCCUGGUAUGAUCAUGUGAAAAACUGGUGGGAUAAGAGAAAUGAUCACGUCAUAUUGUACUUGUUUUAUGAAGACAUGAAAGAGGAUCCAAAGCGUGAGAUUAAGAAAAUCAUACAUUUCUUGGGAAAGAAUCUUGAUGAAUCAGUUGUAGAUAAUAUUGUUUAUCAUACAUCUUUUGAUGUGAUGAAGGACAAUCCUAUGACAAACUACAGGAUGGCUCCAGCUGCUGUAAUGGAUCAUAGUAUCUCUCCAUUCAUGCGCAAGGGAAUUUGUGGAGACUGGAAGAAUCACUUUACAGUGGCUCAGAAUGAGGCAUUUGAUGAGAACUAUAAGAAGAAAAUGGCAGAUACAACACUGCAAUUCCGAACUGAGAUCUAAGGCUCCCAUGAGCCGUAACAGAGCUGCUGGUUUUAUGCAGUUCCAUAUAGAAUAGAAUAUGUCAUUCAAUAUGUUUUUAAUUCUUGCAAGUCCUUGGUUUUAAGGAAGGAACAGAUUCUGGUUUGGCAGGCUACAGAAAAUAUGUACACAGAUUUGGCAAAUGCUUCCAGACAAAAAGAAUGAAGUUUUUGUGACUUUCAUGGGGUUUGGUUCUUAUUGGCAGUAACUUAGGCCAUAGUCCUGUUUUAAUACAUCUCAAUAGAAACGCAUCAUUUAAAAAAAAAAUUUUUUUUAAAUGUUUUUAAAAGCACAUUAGAGAAAAAAACAAUUUGGGUAAAAAAUUGCAGGAAGUCAAAGGAUUCAUUAGCAUCUACUGUUAGAUUUCCAAAUUAUAGCAUUGGUCUCAUAAGCUGCUAUUAAUUGAAGGAAAAUAAUAGGACAAAGAAAAGCCCUAAAACUAAACAUGAGUUGUGAAUUUAACAUUAAUAUUUUUGAAAUAUAGACAAGACAUUCCAUACAAAAUUAGGCACACUAUAAUAUAUAAAAGAAUUUUAAGGAAAAAACAAUUAAGCUUAGAUAAUAAUUUUCUUUCCAUUUUAACCUUCAGUUGUGGUAUUUGGUCUUAC